CCUCUUUUACCUUUAAAACCCGUGGUAACGUUUGUAGGACUUUAUCCUCUUGAUAUCAGCGUUAACUCAAGAAGAAGAGCAAUCUGCAGCAAUGCGUCAAUAUUGUCUUUGUCUUUUUAUUGGUCUUCUGGCUGCUGCAUUCCUCCAGUCCAGUGUCAUGUGCCAGAGUGCCAAUUUACCAGACGAAUGCUGUUUUACAUAUUAUGAUAGAAAAAUCCCCAUUGCUAGAACUGAGUCCUACAUAGUGACAAGAGUGGAAUGCACCAAACCCGGAGUCAUUAUUAUCACAAAGAGGGGUUCUCGUUUGUGUGUGGAUCCUCAGCUGAACUGGGUGAAGAGUGCCAUGCAAGCAGUCGAUGAUCGUGUUUUUUAAUGAAGCUGUUGUGGUGAUGAUAAAUGCUCAAACUAACCGUUCUGGUUGUUUCUUAAGAAGUAUUAGUUCAGAAACCCUCUUCCUGUAAUGAUCUGUCAUUCUUUUAAUUCUUAUCAUGAGCUAAGUAUUUCUUUAACAUUCUGCUUUUAAUGCUAAACUAACUGUUUUACCUUUAACUGUAGUGUUAAUUUUACUGCAAAAGAACAUGUAAACAGACAAUAAUCACCCAGUUCUUACCAGGAUUACAGGGAUGCUUUUAAAUACUUUUUUUUAAUAGACUGAAGAAAUAAAUUUGCUUUUGUUUUAAUCUGUGUAAAAACAGUUCUCUUGUACAAUGUUCUUUAUUCUAAUAAAACAAAACACAAAAUCA